CACUGUGGCUACUCGACACUGUUCAGUCUUCAGACACAACAGAGGAAUGCAGCUCUCGUAGCCAACAACACUUGAAUCUCAAGGCGUCACUCUCGUCACACCAUGGCCGGCUUCAGGCAAGAGGAUGUCGAAUUGUAUUAUGAGAUGGGAGAGGAGCUGGGCAGCGGACAGUUUGCCAUCGUCCGUAAGUGUAAAGAGAAGAGCACAGGUGUUGAGUAUGCGGCCAAGUUCAUAAAGAAGCGGCGGCUGUCGUCUAGCCGGCGAGGGGUGAGCCGCGAAGAGAUUGAGCGCGAGGUCAACAUCCUGCGGGAGAUUCAGCACAGCAACAUCAUCACCCUGCACGACAUCUUUGAAAACAAGACGGACGUGAUCCUGAUCCUGGAGCUGGUGUCCGGAGGAGAGCUGUUCGACUUCCUGGCUGAGAAGGAAUCUCUGACGGAGGAGGAGGCCACCCAGUUCCUCAAACAGAUCCUGGACGGCGUUCAGUAUCUCCACUCCAAACGCAUCGCUCACUUUGACCUCAAGCCUGAGAAUAUCAUGCUGCUGGAUAAGAAUGUCCCCAAUCCCAGGAUCAAACUGAUUGACUUUGGGAUUGCUCAUCAGAUUAAAGCAGGAAACGAGUUCAAGAACAUCUUUGGAACGCCAGAGUUUGUUGCGCCAGAAAUAGUCAACUAUGAGCCACUUGGGCUGGAGGCGGACAUGUGGAGCAUCGGAGUAAUCACAUACAUUCUGUUGAGUGGUGCUUCACCGUUUCUGGGUGAGACCAAGCAGGAGACCCUGACUAACAUCUCAGCUGUCAAUUAUGACUUCGAUGAGGAGUAUUUCAGCAACACCAGUGAGCUGGCCAAGGACUUCAUACGCCGUCUGUUGGUCAAGGAUCCAAAGAAGAGAAUGACAAUUGAUGACAGUCUUGAGCACCCCUGGAUUAAGGUGAUUAAGAGGCGGAAUGUGCGUCCAGAGGAGAGAGACCACAAGCCUGAGCGCCGGCGCCUGAAGACCACUCGUCUGAAGGAGUACACCAUCAAAUCCCACUCCAGCAUGCCACCCAACAACACCUACGUCAACUUUGAGCGCUUCUCGCAGGUGCUCGAAGAGAUCGCAGCGGCAGAGGAAGGCCUGAAGGAUCUGGAACGCAAUCAGCGCUCGUGCCAGGAGGACGUGGCGGCGCUGCUGUCCAUCUACGAGGAGAAGGAGGGUUGGUACAAGGAGGAGAACCAGAGCAUCUCCAGCAACCUGAGCGACAUCCGCCAAGAGCUGCAGCGCUCUCAGGCCCAACGCAAGAAGUGCCAGGAGGAAGCCCGGGCCACCAUGCAGGCCGCCAACAUCCUCAAGCGCAAGUUUGGGCGCCUGGAAAAUCGCUACGAGGUCCUGGCUGAGCAGGUGGCCUCUGAGGUCCGCUGGGUGGAGGAGCUGGUCAAGUCCAUAUCUGCAGAGAAGGACGGGCUCAGCUCUGGCAGCAUGCCCUGAACUGGGCUGACAUCCAAAGGUGACAUUUUCAUUCUAAAGUAUCCUCCUCCUGCCUGUCUUCUCUGCAUGUGUGCUGCACAGCAGAGUCUGAGUGGGUCAGUUGUCUACAUAAGCUAUGCUGCUGCUGUCUGUCGGAAAAAAUGUUCCACCCCUUUUUAUGUCAUGCUUGAGAAAACCAGCAAGAAGCAGAGAGGCAAUGUACUGAACCCAUUCCACCAUGAAGAGGCUCAUUCCUGUGUUUUAUAAAUUAAUUUAUAAUUUUAGAGAUUUUACGUACUGUAAUUCAGCUGUCAUGCAUCUUUUGCAGAUGGUGCAUUCAUUUGUUCGUUUUUCUUACCGUUUAUCUUUUUAGAAACUAAAUUGCGUCUGAAUUGUCUCGUGCUUUAAAAGUCAUAGACGUCUGCUUAUUUCCUCCAGCCUCAGGUUAUUGGCCAGUUACAUGAGAAAGCUUCACAACACACAACUUAAGAGUGUCAGGUUUGCACAGAUUUCAGGGGUAUUUGUUUAUCCGGUUAUGUGCAUUUUAGAUUUGACUGCAGCUGACAAAGGACGCAAUAAACAUAAAUCCUCAGCAUAGAAGAUUUAAGGUUAUGCUUUAUUUUAUAAGUCGGUUAUUUCCGAAUAUCUUGAAAGUUUCCUGGAAAACACUUUGUAGUUUGAUAAUAAUUACAGGAAAAUAUAGACACAUUCUGACGCUGUCGUUUCAGUUACUUCAAUUAGUUGUGAAUUUCCAUGAAAGAUAUUGCUCCAUUCAAACCCCAGUAAAUAUUAUCAUUUAUCAUUCACUUAUUUUUGGAAACUUUAUCCUUUAACAUUUGCUGAAUUGUGUAUUUAUUUGUAGACACAUUCUCUUUGUCCAUCUGCUGUCCUUGGACUAAAAGUCUCAAGUUUGCCCUAGCUUAGCACUGGAAAUUAACUUGGACUGUACCAACUGAUCACUCUCUAUUCUACCUAUAAUUAGUACCAAAUAACAUCGUUCUUUCCAGGAAACUUUCCAGGAAAUUGUUUGGAAAAGAAUCAGAAUUUUUGGAACUGUAAAAUAAAACGUUACCAGAUUUUAGAAUGUAUAAACUCAUCUCUGCAGUGCCUGUAAACUGAUCGGCCUUAUUGCCAACGCGAGCACUCAUCUGUUACCGAGUUAAGGACAUCUCUAUCACAUUGAUAUCGCUCAAUGUCUUAUACGCAACAACGUUUGCACAGUAGCCUUGUAAACCAAAUAGCGUGCAUGGAAACUUUCUCUAUAUGCUGUGUUUCUCUGUUACUUUUUCUGUCUUCAUUCAGGCCAUCCCUGCACACUUGAAACAUUCCAUCGAUAAGUUUCACAUCCAGGUAACACAUUCCCUAUGUAUAGCACAGAAAGUAUAUGAUGUAGUCAGUAGUAUUUUUCAGUAGAGAAAUGUACUCAUUUGCACUUAUAUGAUCAUAGCAGUGUCCCAAAUGCAUUUUAAUCUCUAAGGUGUAAGAAAGAGCUGUGUUUGUUUCAAAUAAACAAAGUUAUCAUUUAA